GGAAUUCCAGGCAGAGCCCAGACAGGCGGGCAGCCGCUGGGGGCCCCUGAGGCUUCGGGGGCCAUGGCCGGGGUCGCGUGCUUGGGGAAAGCUGCGGACGCCGACGAAUGGUGCGACAGCGGCCUGGGCUCUCUGGGUCCGGAUGCGGCGGCCCCCGGAGGACCGGGACUAGGCGCAGAGCUGGGCCCGGGGCUGUCGUGGGCGCCCCUCGUCUUCGGCUUCGUCACUGAGGAUGGCGACACGGCAUUGCACUUGGCGGUAAUUCAUCAGCAUGAGCCCUUCCUGGAUUUCCUCCUAGGCUUCGCGGCUGGCACUGAGUACUUGGAUCUGCAGAAUGACCUGGGCCAGACAGCCCUGCAUCUGGCAGCCAUCCUGGGGGAGGCAUCCGCAGUGGAGAAGUUGUACAUGGCAGGUGCCGGGUUACUGGUGGCAGAGCGUGGGGGACACACGGCACUGCACCUGGCCUGCCGCGUCGGGUCACAUGCCUGUGCUCGCGUGCUGCUCCAGCCUCGCCCCCAGCGCCCCAGGGGAGUCCCCAACACCUACCUCACCCAGGGCUCUGACCAUACUCCUGAUGCCAACCAUAGCCCUGUUGCCUUGUACUCUGAACCUGACUUGGAGAAGGAAGAGGAUGAGAGUGAAGAGGACUGGAAGUUGCAGCUGGAGGCUGAAAACUAUGAGGGCCACACCCCACUCCAUGUGGCCGUCAUCCACAAAGAUGCAGAGAUGGUCCGACUGCUCCGAGAGGCCGGAGCUGACCUCAACAAACCGGAGCCCACGUGUGGCCGAAGCCCCUUGCACUUGGCAGUGGAGGCCCAAGCAGCUGAUGUGCUAGAGCUUCUCCUGAAGGCCGGUGCCGACCCUGCUGCCCGCAUGUAUGGUGGCCGCACCCCACUCGGCAGCGCCACGCUUCGGCCCAACCCCAUCCUUGCCCGCCUCCUCCGGGCACACGGAGCCCCUGAACCCGAGGAUGAGGAUAAGCCCGGCCCCUGCAGCAGCAGUAGCGACAGCGACAGUGACAGCGGGGACGAGGGCGAUGAAUACGACGACAUCGUGGUCCACAGUGGCCGGAGGCCAAACCAGCUACCUCCCACCCCAGCCUCAAAACUGCUCCCUGACGACCCCAUCUGACUUAAUUGUUAAUAGAGUUUCCAGUUUAAUAAAAUCCCAGUUCUGACAA